AGCAAGUUGGACAGUGGCCCUCCAGGACCGAGUUUGGACACCCCUGAUUUAGACUAAUAAAUGAAGAACCAAGAGGCAUGGAUGUCCAGGACUUGAAAUUCUGUAGUAUUCUGUAGAGUUUUUACAGGUGCAUUCGUGCAGAUUUUGUGUGGGCCUGGUCAUCAGACAUGACGUUAUGGUGCUUUGGAAGUCUGCCUGAAACCAGUUUCCUUAGGAGGUGCCUUCAAAACCGAUGUAUGUCAUUGAACGUUUAACCAUUAUAAAGAAGAUCCGAUGAGGAUGUCGAGGAAGGCAUAAGUAAACAGAGGCAGGGGAAAUGGUGAGGCAGACAAUGCUGCUGAUAGAGCUGUUUCCUGCUGCAGAGAGAACGGCAGUACGGACGGCUGGAGUGGAAGAACAGGCUCAUUAGUGCUACAGGUCUGCGGUUGCUACACCAGCCGUCGUCUUUUCUGACACUGUAGAGUGUUUCAGCUCAGCAGAUUCAGUAAUGGACUUCCCAGUAAAGAACAGCCACUGGAACUUCUGAAGCCAUCUGGAGUUAACCACAUUCCUUCUGUUGAUGUGAGUGCGGCGCUGCCACUGCAAGUGCCGCCUUCUGCCAUCCCUAUGGACCUGCGUGUAGAUCACCAGUUCGCCCUGGCGCCAACGGACCCGGCCCAGCGUGAGCAGCAGCUGCAGCAGGAGCUACUGGCCCUCAAGCAGAAACAGCAGAUACAGAGGCAGCUCCUGAUCGCAGAGUUUCAGCGGCAGCACGAGCAGCUCUCACGCCAGCAUGAAGCGCAGCUGCAGGAGCAUGUCAAGCAUCAGCAGGACCUCCUGGCCCUGAAACAUCAGCAGGAGCUCCUGGAACACCAGCGGAAGUUGGAGCGCCAUCGUCAGGAACAGGAACUGGAGAAACAGCAGCGGGAACAGAAGCUCCAGUUACUCAAAAACAAAGAACGCGGCCAAGAGAGUGCUGUGGCGAGCACUGAGGUGAAGAUGAGGUUGCAGGAGUUUGUCCUCAACAAGAAGAAAGCGUUGGCCCAGAGGAGCCUCAACCACUGCCUGCCCAGUGACCCGCGCUACUGGUAUGGGAAAACCCAGCACAGCUCCCUGGACCAGAGCUCACCACCUCAGACAGGGAUUUCCACUUACAACCACCCGGUGCUGGGAAUGUACGACCCCAAAGAUGACUUCCCACUCCGCAAGACGGCAUCUGAACCCAACCUGAAGCUACGAUCCAGGCUGAAGCAGAAAGUUACGGAGCGCAGGAGUAGCCCGCUGCUUCGGAGGAAGGAUGGGCCGGUCACCACUGCGAAGAAACGUUCUCUGGACAUGGCAGAAUCGGCAUGUAGCAGUGCUCCUGGUUCUGGUCCAAGUUCACCCAACAACAGUUCAAACAACAUUACCAAUGAGAACGGCAUCGCUGGAUCAAUCUCCAACAGUUCAAUGGAGCCAUCUUUGGCACACAGACUCGCCGGCAGAGAGGGUCCUGUUAGCCAGCUGUCUCUGUACACAUCGCCCUCCCUUCCCAACAUCACCCUGGGCCUGCCAGCCACCGGCCCUUCCAGCAUGGCAUCUGGCCAGCAGGAUGGUGACAGAAUGGCAGUGCCAGGCUUACAGCCAGGAAUACCCAUAACCACUCCAUUCAUGCCAGGAACCCACCUGCCUUCUUACCUGGCUGCCUCCAGCUUAGAGCGGGAUGGCGGCUCGGCACACAACACUCUCCUCCAGCAUAUGGUGCUUCUGGAGCAGUCAGCCGCACAGAACUCCCUGGUCGCAGGCCUGGGUGGCGUGCCCCUGCAGUCCCAUCCCAUCCAUAAGCUCCGGCAGCAUCGGCCCCUCGGACGCACGCAGUCGGCCCCCCUGCCCCAGAAUGCCCAGGCGCUGCAGCAGCUGGUGGUUCAACAGCAACACCAGCAGUUCCUGGAAAAACACAAGCAACAGUUCCAACAGCAGCAGCUUCACAUCAGCAAGAUGAUGGCUAAGCCGAACGAGCCAGGCCGACAGCACGAGAGCCACCCGGAGGAGACGGAAGAGGAGCUGAGGGAGCACCAGGGGCUGGGCGACUCCUUGGAGGGUCUUCCCCACGGGGUCACCAUCAAACAGGAACCUCCGGAUGAACAGGAUGAAGAGUUCCAGCAGAGAGAGAGACAAGCUGAGGAAGAGCUGCUCUUCAGACAGCAAGCUCUCCUGUUGGAGCAACAGAGGAUCCAUCAGCUGAGGAACUAUCAGGCGUCUAUGGAGGCGGCCGGACUGUCUGUGACCUUCCCAGGCCAUCGGCCCCUGUCCAGAGCACAAUCGUCCCCAGCUUCAGCGACCUUUCCCAUUGUGGUACAGGAACCACCAUCCAAACCGCGCUUUACCACUGGUCUGGUGUACGACACUCUGAUGCAGAAACACCAGUGCAUGUGUGGAAACAGUAACAUCCACCCCGAGCACGCCGGACGCAUUCAGAGCAUCUGGUCACGACUGCAGGAGACAGGACUGCGCGGACAGUGUGAGUGUAUUCGAGGCAGGAAAGCCACUCUGGAGGAGCUACAGACGGUCCACUCUGAGGCUCAUGUGCUGCUUUAUGGAACCAACCCCCUCAGACAGAAACUGGACAGCUCAGUGACACCCAUGUUCGUGAGACUGCCGUGCGGAGGAAUCGGGGUUGACAGUGACACUAUCUGGAAUGAAGUUCAUUCGUCCAGUGCUGCUCGUCUGGCUGUGGGAUCUGUAGUGGAUCUGGUGUUUAAGGUGGCUUCAGGAGAGUUGAGGAACGGCUUUGCUGUGGUUCGACCUCCAGGACACCACGCUGAGGAGAGCACUCCCAUGGGAUUUUGCUAUUUCAACUCUGUCGCCAUUGCAGCCAAACUCCUACAGCAGAGACUCAACGUCAGUAAGAUUCUCAUUGUAGACUGGGAUGUUCAUCAUGGCAACGGGACUCAACAGGCCUUCUACAGUGAUCCUAAUGUCCUGUAUGUGUCUCUCCAUCGCUACGAUGAUGGGAACUUCUUCCCUGGCAGUGGAGCCCCUGAUGAGGUGGGCAUCGGUCCAGGCGUGGGCUUUAACGUGAACAUGGCCUUCACCGGAGGUCUGGAGCCGCCCAUGGGGGACGCAGAGUAUCUGGCAGCAUUCAGGACGGUGGUGAUGCCUAUUGCGAAUGAGUUCGCUCCAGACGUGGUGCUGGUUUCUUCAGGAUUCGACGCUGUGGAGGGGCACCCGCCACCCCUGGGAGGAUACAAACUCACAGCCAAAUGUUUUGGCUACCUGACCAAGCAGCUGAUGGGACUGGCCGGCGGCCGGCUGGUGCUCGCGUUGGAGGGGGGUCACGACCUCACCGCCAUUUGCGAUGCCUCUGAAGCAUGUGUUUCUGCUUUACUUGGAAACGAGUUGGAUCCACUUCCUGAAGACGUGCUACAACAGAGGCCGAACCCCAAUGCCAUUCAAUCCAUGGAGAAAGUUCUGGAAAUCCAGAGUAAAUACUGGCGCUCUCUGCAGCGAUCCGCCUCGACUCUGGGCUACUCUCUGCUGGAGGCUCAGAGAUGUGAAACUGAAGAGGCCGAGACGGUGACCGCCAUGGCCUCCCUGUCUGUGGCCAACAAGCACAUGGGGAAGAGGACAGAAGACGAGCCUAUGGAAGAGGAACCUCCAUUGUAGAAGGUCCGCUCGACUGCCUUGGUGACCCUCUCAGCUCAGAGCCUCUUCAAGGCCUCUGACGUCACUCUACUCUCUCCAUCCGUUUCAUUUUUUGUCCCGCGAUGUGCGCACUUUGAGCACGGGAUCCGAAACGGCCUGAAGAAAUCUCCGUGACACCCAGAGUGCGACAAACGUCUCAGCCAUGUUAGUCUGUCUCUGUCCGUGGCAGCAAGUCCAGGAUUGUGUAUCCUGGUCUGUCCGCAGGGACACUUAACUUUUGAGCAGGACAUAGACUCAUGUUUUUUUGUUAGAUGUGAGAGCUGGUGCUUUCGACAUGAACUUUUUUUCAUUAUUUUCCAGAGCCACUAUAGUCCACAUGAUUGAUUUCGGCUGUGGGUCUACGUUUUUUUUAUUUGUCGUCUGUUCGUUUGUCUGUUUUUCUUUUAUCUUGGAGAAAAAAGUGACUCGUUCCAUUCGCCAUCCGAGUUACUGCUUCUGACAUUCAUGACGAGAGACCCACAAGGGUGGACGAUGUGAUUGGGAGAGAGGGCGAAGGAUUCUGGGAAGCCCAACAGAGAGCCAUGAGAGUGACAAUUUGAGUUUGUGCCUUUUCAAAAGAGUUUCCGUGACGGAUCGAGAAGAACAUUGCCUUAAAUUAGUUACAGGAGGGGGCGACGUUUCGCCGCCUGGGUUUUACUUGUCGCGAUGGUCAAAAGCUGGCCUAAAGAAUGGAGAAACCCUCAGCAUGUUUACCAGGAACUCCCUGCAGAUAUCUUCAUGUUUCACACGCAUUAUGACCUGUUUUAUGUUCCUUCAUUUUUACUGUGCUUGUGUUGGAUGUUACAUGACUUUAAGUGUCACUGACAAACAAACUUUAAGGUAGUUGCCAGCUAUCCAAGGGCAAAAUUUAGUUGGAGCGCUUCGAUUCUCCAGCGCUUUAGAAGGCAAGCCAAUGUAGCGACUCAUUUCAACUCUAAUGACCAAAUACGCACCAACUCCUCCUCCUCCUCCUCCUCCUCCUCCGAAAGGUUAACCAGCAUGCAGCUUUCCAUCUGCCAAGUUAAGAAUUCAACCGUCGUAGAUUAACAGCGCCAACGAGCAUGAGUUCGCUGUUAACCCACUAGCUGCGAGCAUAUAGGAUAGGGCUGCGAUGACCACGCGUCAUACGAUUUGUAGUUCGAGACAAACUUUCUAUUUUUCCUUCUCUCGACAUGUACUUUUAUAUAGCUAUGAAUGUCUAGUAUUCCGGUUACUUUACAGUUUAUCAAAGGGCACUAGCGUAUCACUACUAUUAUUCUACUCAGCAGAUGGUCAGUUUUAUUGACACCUUUGAAACAAGCGGAAAAGGGCUGGUUACCGAUUUUAAAUGUACCACUGAGCCUUCAGACGUGCCACCUGGUGAGAUUUAGCGCUGGUUUCCUGCCGACAGGCCUGAGCUAGGAGGGUUAUGGGCCUUUCACUAGGGGCAGGUGCUACCAAACAUGUGCUCGUCACAUACAAUCCAGGAAGUAGCGGGACCACCAGCUUCCACUCAGAAAACAAUCGUAAACGCCUCUGAGACGACUGUGAUACUCAGACAAUCUGCAUGGGACAUUGACAUAGUCGCCUUCGAAACGGCACAUAGAAUUGUAUAUAUACGCAAUUAUGCAUGCUGACAGUAGAUCAUUUGGCUUGACUUUGAUUGUACAUUGAACUUUAUUCGAUUUUGGACUGAUGAAGAGGCGAUGAUUUGUUUGACAACCCCUGACUCAUGUUUAGCCUCUCGGCAACUACCUUUGGCAUUCUUUUUCUGUGUGUCAUGUUCAAUAUGAGACGCAUUAAGGCGGGAGAUUUGACUCACCGUUGCCAUUGUUCCUCGACUUCAUUUUUAUAUAUGCCUGUCACGUAUGACUACUCCACUUUGGGUUCGUGCCCAUUAUUUUCUUGUUUUUUUUCCCUUGUGUGCCCGUUUGUCCUGUCUUAUUAUUUUUAUUUUUUUUACUUUUUGGAUUAUGUACUUGUUCAUUUGUCAGUCUUUAUGUAGUUGACAAUGUGUUUUACAUGCUCAAGUCUUUAGUUUCUUGUUUUAGAGUUUUUUUAAUUUGUUUAUCUUGUUUUUUUUUUUGUAUGCGGUGGGAGGGAGAUGCUUUUACUUUGUAUAAUGAUUACGACAAUUGUGUAUUUACUACGUUCUGUUUAUAGUAGAUUUAUAUUACAAAGAUCUAUAGAUAUAUUAUAUAUUAUAAAGAUUGCUGACUCAAAUAAGAGAACUAGUAUUGCAAAGUGAUAUAUUUCAGUACGUGGUCUGGCUUCGGCCGUCGCUGGUUCCACUGAAGGCACUGUUUAUUGGUUUCUUGCAUUCACAGUAGCAUUACUCUGGCAUUGUAAACUCUUGAUCAAACCGAUCUUCGCGGUUCCAGGCUUCAGUUUUACAGUGUGCUCUCUAAACUCUCAUACAAAAGUCCCGUGAAAAAAUAUUAUUGACUGACACUGUACAUUUCCAUUGGUAGAAGUCCAUUUGGAUAGAUCGAGUGGAGUAGAUACUGACAGUGAUCCAAGAUGGAUUUCAUUUCAUUUUCAUUUGAGUUAUUUUAGCCUGUCAAGAACCAGCCGGGUCGUAUUUCACCCCAAAAUCAAAAGAAAAAAUGUAGGAAAUCACAUUUUGCCUCAAGAAAAUGAAGCAACACUGGCUCAACCAAUGGUGUGAGAUUGGGGUGUGGCUAUCUGUUUGUUCGACCAAUGGCAGACAGGGGGAGUUUCUAAGAAAAGUGUUUGAAAAUAAUCAUUAUAUGGUGAUGCAGAAAUUACACACUUCAGCUUUGUGAAAUGUAAUUAUUUUAAAUAUAAUAUAAAAUAAUUUAAAGCUGCAAUCUGUUUUUUAAAUUAUCCAAAAUAAAUUUUUGAGCAAGUACAUAACCAGCCAGUGUUCAAAACUAUCUCCUUACCUUAGCCUGAUUUACAGCGGUAAGCUUGUAAUAAUGAUUUCUAAUCAAAUGGGUACUGGUGGGUUUCCGCGGGAAAUUCGAGCAUGCAGCCAUUCGUCUUUGCAGCUGGAAUAAUUAAAUUUAUAAUUUUGAUGGCGGAUUGUAAUCCAGAAAGGUCCAAAUGACAAUCAUCAGUGACAACUGGAGAUUCACCCGUAGUCAAAAGCAACAUACUUCGGAGUGGCUACAGAAAUUGAAAUCUACAGGUAACACUAAUACACACUAAAUACACAUAGUCACGCAAUGCUGAUGUUGUUAACGUUAAUAAUUUAAGAACAAAGUAUAACAAUAAUAAUAAUUUGCACAGUUUGACGUGAUCUGAGCUAAGCGAUUGUUAGAUUUAAUCACCAUUGGCAGCGCGAUUUAUUGUAAUGCUUUUUUUUUUAGUUGGUCAGAACAAAAGUGGCAGAUGUUACUUACUCGUUCAGAUGACAUUUUCCGGUGAAAAUUCUUAUUUUGGUCAUACUACAAUCUGUGAUUCUGAAGUACAGUAUCCACACCGAUGUGGUGACUGACAGCAAACAUUAGAUUCAUUCGCGCUGAGGAGUCGUGCCGAUAAACAACCCGCGUAGAGAUGAUAAUUCCGCAAAUAGCUGCAAUUGCAGGUUUCAAACAGAGAUGGCGACAAAGAGGCAAAACUUACGGACUGCAGCUUUAAAUAAUUUUUAAAAAAUACAGUAAUUUUAUUAUAGUAAUGAGAAUCUAUUGAGAAUUAACAAAAAAAUUAAAAGUAAAAGGAUGGGAAAUGUGCUUAAUUGUCUUGAAAAUACUGUCAUAAUGCAAGAAAUCUCAAAAAUAAUCUUUUUAAAUAAGAAUUUUCUUUAUGCAAAAUAUAUUUCCUUAUUUACCUCCUUUUAAUUUUAGGGUGAAAUGCAACCUGGACAUGAUUUUGUGAUAAUGUAAGGGUUUUAUUUAUAUGCAGUCACUCUUGGGACACUUCUGUUUUGUAAAAUCUCCGUCUUGUUACUCCUUCCGAGCGAUUUUGGGCAUUUUUGCAGUAUCAUAUCCAGACCAAGUCCAUCAAAUCUCAUGUGAUUUACUUUCAAGAAUGAAGUGCGAAGGCUGACAUUGAUUUGAAAGAGUCCUGGAAACGUCAAGCGACAUAAUAGUAAUACUCAAACCGGACAGCCAUCAAACUCACAGACCACUUUGCAAUAAUACUAAUGGCAGCCUAUCAAUAGUCUUGUCAAAGGGACAUCUCUAUCCGGUUAGUCCGGAUAGUCAUUUUCUUUGCUCUUGUUUUGUAUAAAAGAAAACAAACUGCAUUCCAUUUGUUUUUCCUUUUUUUUCUUUUUUUUUUUCUUACCUUUCUUGUCAUUCCUGCUAAUUUGCCAUGAGGUCUGGCCUGAGCAGUUGUUUAUUUGAAGGCCAGGGUGAAGUUUCUUUCAUUCUCUUUCCUUCACAGCUGUAGAUUUCUGCAUGGUUUGUGCGUCAGCAUGCCUGUCUGUCCUUGUAACAUAUUUGCACAAAGUAGGAACACGGGAGGGUUGAGGCUUUGGAGAACGCAUGGGAUGGAAGCUCUUCUUUCCUCCUCUGUUUCUGGUCAGUUCGCAGACGGAAUGAUGCUCUUGGUGUCCGACGGAUGUGCUUUUUACUUGUUUAAAAAAGGAAUGAAAGAAAAAUGACUUUUUAAUAUUUUACAACAACAACAACAACAACAACAAGAAAGUUAUCUAGCACUUGUGACAUACAGACUCUAGACUUUAUUGUAUUUAUGUAGAGCAUUGUUUUAGGUGAACUACACACUACGUCACACGUUAGACUGUCUGUGUGACUUCUUUUGCUUUCUUUUCUUUUCUCGUUUUUUCUACUCUUUCUCUGGAUGUAUUUUUGGGGCUGGAGGAAGACUAGGAAAAGAUUAGGGUCAUUCCUUUAGAAACAUCUGGAAUCAUCAAAGGGCUUUUUUCCAGAUGUUUGUCAGAUAUAUCUUCGGUUUGUCCAAAAGGAGAAAAAAAAACACUUAUCAGCCAGUAAUACCUGUGACCACUGUGGCUCGAGAACAGUUCUAGGUUUACAAAAUGUAAGAAAUGCAUAUUAUUUUUGUCACUUUGUUUUUCCAUUGUUACAAUAGAACUUUUCUUGGGACCUUUGCUCUAAUGUUUGUCUUUGACAUCAACUAUAAAGUACUUUGUUUUUGAAUA